AUGAAAUCAGCGAGAACGGACACGAUCACGUCGCAACAGACUCCAAUCGAGUUGUACAGCAAUGACUCGUGUUCGUGGAUGAUCUCAGACUCGCCCCACGAUGCAUCUCCGUUCCCGAUGGUUUGCGACGACCAAAAACUGCGAUUUGUAUUCGAUGACUUCGUCGAAGGUGGUGCCCUGCGGAGUGGAAGUGCACCUAAACUCUUCUCACGACACUACUUUGGGCUCGUAGCACAAUAUGCAGCCAUCGGAUUUAUUGAUGGUGUACUACCCAAUGUCAUGUAUCCUUUCCUGCAAAAUUAUCUUAACUUGCCUGGUGCGCAGACUACCACAGCAUUCUUGCUUGUACAGAUGCCAUGGAGUUUUAAAGUAUUUUACGGGGUCGUUUCCGACUGCUUUCCAAUAUGGGGCUACCGUCGACGACCAUACAUCCUAAGUGGAUGGAUUUUUGCACUCAGUAUGCUUCUUAUAAUGUCAUUUACACCCAAAUGCAAGCCAUAUUUUACGAAUCCAGACUAUCGAGACGUCAAGCCCGAAGACUAUACGCCCGAAAUUAUCGCAACGAUCAACUAUGAAGCAACGGACACUGGAACCGCACACAUAAUCCCAAUGAUGGGAUGUGCUUUCGGGUAUUUGCUCUCGGAUGUGUCUGCUGAUGGAAUGGUGGUGGAGUUGGCUCAGCGUGAACCUUAUGAUGAGAGAGGCAACAGUCAGACGGUGAUCUACACAACGCGAACAAUAUUUAACAUGCUGGCGUACAUUCUUGUGGCCUUCUGCUUUAAUGGUGAAGAAUACGGCGGCGACUUUAGCUUUUCAUUGUCGUUUCCGAUGCUGAUGUUCAUCGUAACGAUCAUAAUUAUGCCCAUCGUGCCCAUCACGUGGUUUUUCUUACAUGAGGAAAAGAAUGCCAUUGCUCUGGAUUUUAGUCAUUACAUGUACACAUUUUGGGACGUUAUUCAAACGCGUGCUGUGUAUCAGUACCUUGCAUAUCAGUUUUUUUCGGGUACGCUUUCGUCAUUUACAUUUAUGUCGAAAAGUCCUGUAAUGCGAAAUUGGGUGGAAGUUUUGCCGAUUCAGGAAAAAGUGGGUGGACUUUUGUCCACUGGCAUGUACGCCACAUCCAUUUACUUUGCUGGUAACUAUGGACGCAGUUGGGAUUGGCGACGUACAGCCGUAGUGACCUCAUUUGGCUACGUCGUUUUGGAUGUGUUUGUCAAGUUGUUGACAAUCUGGGAUAACGUUCGAUCACCCUAUCUUUGGCUUGGAAUUACCGUUCUUGAACAGAUUCCGCUCGGUGUGAAGUUUAUCGUGGGCUCUUUUAUUAUUGUCGAGCUUGCUACUGAAGGACAUGAAGGUGCACUGUACGGCUUAUUCACGACGGUCCACAAUCUCACGACCCCUUUCUCAGCCACCAUAGCUCGAAAUGUCGAUAGUAUGUUCAAUUUGACUACAGAACGAAUUCAAAAUGACACUUACGGUGUACGAAGAGACAUGACCAUUUCCGUGGUCAUUAUGUGGACGGCUAAUUUGUGCUCGCUCUUCUUUUUAGUAAUGCUUCCACAACAGAAAGAGCAAACGCGCGCUAUGAAGCAAAUGGGUGGAUCUAGUUACGUUAUGGGUGCUAUCACAGUCUCGUACCUCAUCUUUGCACUACUAUGGACAACAACAACAAGUAUUCUUAGCAUCUUCCCAAGCACAUCGUGUCUUGCCAUUACAGGAGGUUUUGGAUGUCAUAGCAGUCAUGUAAAACCAUAA